GAGCCACCGGCAGCCCCGAGAAAGACGCUCCAGCGCCUGGGAAGCGGCGGCGGUUCGGAGAGCGAGCCAGGCAGCAGCGUUUCCUGGCGCCGAUGUGGUUCCUGGAGAAGAUGCGCGCGUCCCCCGGAGAAGCCGGCCUGCUGAGCCCCUGGUUCCUGGCGCUGCCCUCCGAGAAGGGCCAGGCGGCCGCCCUCGCCUUCCCCAACAUCCUGACGCCGGACCGCAUCCCGGAGUUCUGCAUCCCUCCGCGGCUGAGCAGCCCUCCGCCGCCCAAGAGCCCCGGCCCUGCCUUCCAGCCCCGCCGCAGCCUGACUGAGCCGGGCCUGCAGGAGGCGGCCUCCCCCGGCCUCGGCCCCUUCCCGCCCCACCUCAUCCAGGUGGAGAGCGUGGAGGAGCUGCAGGAGUCGGAGCAGGGCGGCACCAACUCGGACCCCCAGUCGCAGGCCGCCCUCUCCCUGCCCCACGUGCCCAGGACCCAGACCUCCUACGGCUUCUGCGUGCUGCUGGAGAGCCCCCACACGCGGAGGAAAGAGUCCAUCUUCCACAGCGAGGAGGGCUCCGGCAGCUCCCUGGCCUUGCCCCGCUCUCGCUCCAGCAGCUACGGUGGCAGGGAGAUGGCCUCCAGCCCGGUGACCAUCCGCCGGCACCUCUUCAGCAGGCAAGGCGCCUGGGACAGCGACACGGCCUCCUCCAGCGAGUCCUCGCCCUUCGGCUCACCCCUGCUGGGCAGGUCCCCCACGCGGCCCAGCUGCCUCCUAAAAGCCCGGAGCCAGGAGCGGCUGCUGGGCAAACCCUGGAGGGGCCGGAGGCUGUCCGGCAUCACGCGGGCCGGCUCCCUGUCUUUGGACGAGGGCAGCUCCACGGACAGCAGCCCCGUGUCUCCCCGGCGCUCUUCGGAGAGCCCUCUGCCCCCGCUGGCCUCCAGCCUGCUCCCGCUGCCUGCCUUCCCCCUGGACUACCCCUGCGGGCCGGAGCGGCUGGGCAGGGAAGCCACCGUGGUGAUGGACAAGGGGGGGCUGCUGCGCCUCUCCUGCGAGCACUGCUCCGCCAACCAGCGUCUGCGCAUCCGUCUGAUCAGCGUGGAGGGUCUCUACCGGGAGGUCGAGCCCAAGAGCAUCAACUGCUGCAUCACCUUCUCGCUCCUGCCGGGGAAGGUCCAGAAGCAGCGCAGCACCGUCAUCAAGAGGAGCCGCAACCCCAUCUUCAACGAGGAUUUCUUCUUCGUGGGGGUCUCCGAGGACCACCUGUGGCGGCUCUCCGUCCGCAUGAAGGCCUUGAACAAAGGGGGCAACAUGAAGAGGGACCUGGUUCUGGGGGAGAGCGAAGUGCCCCUGAUGCAGAUUUUAGCCACCUGACAAAACUCACAGACACCCCAAGAUCUAUUUAUUUAUUUAUUCUCUGUGGGCUUUUUUU